AUGACUGAUCCAGUGAUAUCAAACCUGGCACAGUAUAUUCAGCAAUCAAUUGAUACCAAGUUCAAUAUUGCGUUUGACGAAACUCUUGUUUUGGAUGCUAUACAGAAGCUGAAAACGGAUCGGGACUUGACGGUACCCGAUGGCAAGCCAGAUGACUUCGUACAAGAGAAAAUUGUGGAGCCUCUUGUUCAGGUGUUGCAAAUUGAUAUUGCGAUUGAGAUCAAGCAGCUCAUAGUUCAAUUGCUUGAAGCUGUGUUCACGUUCUUCACAUUUGACCAAGUAUUGGUUGCCACCUCUCUCUCGUGGCUGAUAGAUGGACUGCAGUCUCAAUUUCUGGAGCUGGAAUUGCUUUGUCUCAAUAUUAUAGUGCGAGCAUCACCAGCGGAUGUUCUCGCGAACACCCCCAUUAUUAAGAUCAUUCUAACGCGUUUGUCUCAAGAGGAUAGUCCACUGGCUUUGGUUAAUGCCAUUGAGGUGGUUAUACAGGAGUUGCUUCCCAGAGGAGAAUUGAUACAGAGACGAGUCAAAAGCGAUGAGAUAGUGAGCAUAUUGGUUCAGAUGACCCAGUCGGAUAUUCUCAGGGCGCGCUUGUGUGAUUUGUUGGUGAUUUUGGUGCCAUAUACAGGCCCAGGCGAAUUGCCCCCAACACUGUUCGUGCAGCCGCUUGCAAGUUUGGAGCAGAAAGAUGAUCCUUUGGCCAUUGGAUUAGUGCUGGGAUUCUACUCGAAGAUUUUGGAUUAUGCUGAGGAAAAGCCCUGGUUGGUGGAGUCUUUAUGGCCUGCCUUCGAUGAAAUAGUGGCCUCAUACCUAAACGGCUACAUCCACGAGAACUCCAUGUUCCUGGAAGGUGAUGCCAGCGCUCUUGUUGGAAAAAUGUCGUAUUUGCCCGGUUUUAGCUUGCUCGAUGGAAAGCAUAAUAUCCUUAAGACUGCCGUUAAAAACGUCCCUUCCUAUUGGAAAUUGUUGUCUCUCACAAACCCUCUGGCUCUUCUGGAGACCCAGAAGGAGUUUGUGGAAACGCUCACUUUGAAGGCAGCAACCGUGCCCAUCUACGAGAAUUUACUUUCGAAUGAACUGUCAUUCACGGGAUGUCCAAUAUCAGGCCGGGAUAUUCUAAAAUUGCCAGCUCCGCUCAACUACCGUGUGAUUCAUUCGGUAGCAGAAUAUCCUCAUGGCCGUCACGUUCUGUUAACGAAAUGGUCCCAAGUCAUGUCAUUCAUACUGGAUGAAAGCCAUAUCGUGGAAACUGAGAUCUGGCAAUUGAAACUGGAUACCAUCCAGCUACUUCUGCUGUAUCCUACCGAAGAGGAGAAAGGGAUCUGGAACCGCAGGUUAUUGAGACUCUAUUCGCAGAUGAAGGGAGCUACAGAUGUACAGGCCACUGUUGCCUCUGCAACUGCCUAA